AAUCUUUUUGGUUUAUUGACACUUUUCCUUCCAUCCUCCUCUUCCUGAAGCUUCUCCCGACAGCCUCUUUCUUCCAACGUUCUCCUGUCGACGGAUCCUUUUCAACUCUCUGUAAAAACGCCCGUUUUUGCAAGACCCGUGACACUCAAAUGGCAGACGCCGCCGGAGAUACGACCAAAGCGUCGCCCGCGAACACACUACCGAAGCGGUGGGGCGACGAAGAGGACGAUCCUGCGAUGGUGUCGACCGCGUCUUCUUCGAAUUCAGAGGAGAAAGCCGCAUCGGAGCUCAAGGUCGAGGCUUUGACCAUCAACGACGAGGAGAGCAAGAACAACGAGUUACUCGAUGAGCCCCAUGAAUCUAACAUCAAAACGGUUACUGACACACUCUAUGAAUCUGCUAGUAGUUUUGAGGAUUUAAACUUGUCACCAGAGUUGCUGAAGGGCUUGUAUGUGGAGAUGAAGUUCCAGAAGCCCAGUAGAAUCCAGGGGAUUAGUUUACCGAUGAUAUUGAAUCCUCCACACAAAGAUUUGAUAGCUCAGGCACAUAAUGGUUCUGGUAAGACUACUUGUUUUGUGCUUGGGAUGUUGAGUCGCAUUAAUCCCAAGUUGAAGGCUCCUCAGGCACUUUGUGUCUGUCCCACAAGAGAGUUGGCUAUUCAGAACAUUGAAGUUCUUCAAAAGAUGGGGAGGUACACUGGUAUAACUUCGGAGUGUGCUGUGCCAGCGGACAUUAAACAAUAUGUGCCAAUAUCAAAAAGAUCGCCGGUCUCAGCACAAGUUGUCAUUGGAACUCCUGGUACGAUCAGGAAAUGGAUGGAAAAUAAGAAAUUGGGCGUGAGUCAAAUCAAGAUUCUUGUUUUUGAUGAGGCUGAUCACAUGCUUGCUGAGGACGGAUUUAAGGACGAUUCCGUGAAAAUAAAGAAGGAUAUUGAAAAAACGAGUUCUCACUGCCAGGUUCUUCUGUUUUCUGCUACUUUUAAUGAAAAUGUCAAAAAAUUUGUAUCAAAGAUAGUCAAAGACUACAAUCAACUUUUUGUCAAGAAGGAAGAACUGUCUUUAGAGGCUCUGAAGCAGUACAAAGUUCGUUGUCCUGAUGAACACAUAAAGACUCUUGUGAUUAAAGACAGAAUAUUAGAAUUGGGAGAGAAACUGGGUCAGACAAUUAUAUUUGUACGGUCGAGAAAUAGUGCCGGCAUAUUGCAUAGGGCACUUGUUGACCUUGGUUAUGCAGUUACUACCAUUCAAGGUGCUGUCAAUCCAGAAAUUAGAGACAAAAUAGUCCAAGAGUUCAAAAAUAACUUAACUAAAGUUCUUAUAUCAACUGAUAUUCUUGCCCGAGGCUUUGACCAGCAACAGGUUAAUCUGGUUAUUAACUAUGAUCUUCCAGUGAAAUAUGAAACCUCGGAGCCUGAUUAUGAGGUGUACUUGCAUAGGAUUGGUAGGGCAGGGCGUUUUGGCCGCAAGGGAGCUGUGUUUAACUUGCUGUGUGGCGCUAGGGACGAGGAGCUCAUGUCAAAAAUUGAGGAAUAUUUUGGCUCCAAAGUCGCAGAGGUGAAGUCUUGGGAUAGCGAAGAAGAUUUCAGCAAUGCCCUUGAACUGGCGGGAUUGUUGUGAUGAUCCUGCGUAUCACUCAUAGGGCGAUGUCCCUCGGCAUUGUUUAAUAUUUUCUAUUUUGUUAAGACUCAUACAACUAAGAUGAUGAAGAGUGAAAAACAAUUUUAUAUUUUUCUUUUUACAAAACCUUCUACUGUCACAUUAUUUUUGUUCUAUGGCAGUUUAUUAAAUAUUAUUUCAUUAACAACAUUUAUUUA